CACGGAUAGAUACUAGUACUAGGCAAUAUGUAGAGUUAGCAUGACAUCUGUGUCCACCACCAUAUCCAUCAACAUGGGUCCCCCUGCGGAAGCGUAUUCAAAAGGUCGGCUCGAGCUGAUUCCGCCAGGAGUUCGCCCGUCACGAGCUUGUUACCAGCUUCCACGGAUCGAUGCUGCGAAAGGUUUAUCGGCUUAUGUCGGUAUUUGCAACUGGUAUAAGGACGAGGGCGCUGACAGAGGACUAGAUAGUCUCACCAAAAUAGCUAGCGCGAGUUGUGCGGAUCUCGCGGCGCGUUAUCCUACUCUUGCUGGUCGGAUUCGUUCAGGGAGCGACGCCACCGUUACUUCAGGUCAGAAAUAUUCGCUUUUUUCGUAUGUUCGACGCAAAUUGCUGAAGACGGAGAACCUCGAACUCUGCGUCGAUCCUGACAACUGCGGACUCGGGUUCCUCUUAUUUCCAGACAUUGAUAGCAAGGUGAUCAAUGCUCAAACACUGGCCGACCCUCUGGAUACGCGAACUGGAAUUACGAGGGCCGAAUUUCUCAAAGCGACUAGCUCCGCAAGAGACCCAGGAGGCUUCUUUCCUUACCAGAGUGCAGACGCGGUGUAUGAUAAGAGAACACAGAAGACAGCUCCUUCUAGUUUUUCAUCGUGAGGAUAUUUUAUUCUGGAUUAAACGACCUACAAUCUAAUGCAAUCAUCAUCAAUAACUUCGAUUGACCUAGUUUGUGGGUUUCGUUCUAUGUUAUUGUUGGGAUUCAAUGUCACAAAGUCCACAGAUAUUUUUGAAAAGCAGAACAGACUUCGUCAGGAAUUCAAUCCGAAUGAAAUACCUUAUAAAUUUUGGUUAAUUUCGAAUUUACUUCGAAAUUUAGAAAACAGCUCAUCAGAGAUUCAAUUUGAAUAAAAGAACAUAAAAUCAAAACUUUUAGUUAAUUUUGAAUUUCAACGACUAACUAGAAAACAGCUCAUGAGUGCUUCAAUUUGAAUGAAAAAAAACAUAAAAUCAAAAAUUUUGGUUAAUUUUGAAUUUGAACCAAAAUUAUUUAUGAAUUUAAUUCAAUUAAAAUGAGAUAAAACCAAAUUUUCAGAUUAGGUUGAAAUUUUUGGUUUUUGAAGUUUCGAUUUCAAGACUUGGAUUUCAAAAUUUCGAUGUUGAAGAAAAAAGAUGAACGACAGACAGAACAAAUACUUCUUAUGUGUUUGUGAAUCUUGCUUCUCUCAUAUCCUCGAUCGAGACGAUAUUCCCUUGACCUACGUUGUACUUGGUAAAACCAAAGGUUUUUGGGGUUUGACGCUCCUCGUGAACCACUACGUCUCCGACGGUAGCAGCUAUUUUCGUCUUUUGAAGGAAUUCGACGACAUUUUCGCAGCUCAUAAGCAACGGUUUCUCCUGGCGAAGCAGCCCAAGAUCACGUCGUUUGCAAACCCAAAAGCACACUUUUUCAGCUGUCAUCCGGUCGGGGAACUGGUAUUUUCGCGCGUUGCGAGUAGUAGCAUCAGUCCGCCUUCUCGACCUUUUGCGGCUCUUCCGGAAGGAUUGGAGCCACUGGCUGACUUCGCUUUGACGCAGGUGAGGGAUCCAGAUAAGUAUCGAUGUGUGCUGCUUACCUUGACAGAUAUAGAGCUAAAGGCGAUCAAAGCGGAAAUCGGCGCCGUGAGCACCAAUGAUUAUGGAGUGAUUGGAUUCAUCAGACUUCAAAUGUAUAUGUGCUGCAAUGCCUUCUUGAAAUGAUUCUUACGUCAUACCGACGUGUAAUAAAUAUUGCUGCCUAGAGCGACAGUGUCAGUGGCUCAGCUCCUUCGUUCUGAGAUAAGUACCCAUUUUGACUAUGCUAACAUUCUGCGCUUUUUGCACUUGCGACACGGGUCACUGGGGACGCUACAGAUUUCGUGUGCAACAACGCUAUUGCGUUUCCCAUGGACGCGCGCGGCGUGCAUCCAGGACUGCUGGGACGCAUGUUAGGAAACGGAGUGACCACUGUGCGGGCCAACAUCAGCGACGCAGAUCCAAAACUGUCAAGUAAGACUCUAGCAGAGCGGCCCAGCGACGUAAUCCGCACUGCAGUGCGAUCCCGGCCUGACGACCCGCUGUUCUGGUGGAGUGACUUUUUUAAACCACUGUUGUUUCUGGCACUCCGAGAUAAGGUCGUCUUAGCGCACUCGAGUGAAGCGUCGGCUUGGGAGAAUCACGCGAAAAACAAAAUUGCGGCUGCAGACGAUGGUCGAGGCAACUUCAGCUCAUCUUUAGCGGCACCACUACUCCAGGACGGUCAGAAGAGGAAACAAGACACGUCGAACAAAAGUGUGUUUGCUUUUGUUGCGUUGUUUUUUCGUUGGUUGGCAGCUUUGUUUGCACGCUGCUGCCUUCCUUCGAAGCUUCCCGUCACGUUGCAGCACGUCUCGUGGGUCAAAGUGCAGCACUUUCCGCGCAAAAUGGGCCCUCUAGUAUGCCAAAAGCCCAUUCAAUUAGAUGAGGACCCGAAGCUCAUCCUCCGAAAGAUGCACCAUCAUGGGUCCCUCUUCAUGCAAUUCGAUGAAAAAACGUUCACCUUCCGGUUCUGUCAUCGACAUCUAGUAGUGAGCGAUUUGUUGCGCACUGUUGCCGACAUCAAGAGCCGGAGUACGAAGACGGACGGUGGCAAAAGCGGUAUGAUUGCUGGAAAGAGAUGGUGGGUGGAUAUUUUCUGAAGUGAUACUUUUGGACCGGAUCUCUCAUGGAAAAAAUCUCUUGGACUUAGUAGAUUGGGAAAGAGAAAGAUACAACUUACGUUCAAGGUUGCUCGCCACAGUUUGCUAUUUCUUUGCAGUUUUAAUGCGUUCUUCCUGUUCGUUACUGAUACCGAAUUCUUUAGCGCUAAAUGCUGGGCGGUAAGGCAGUUUCUUUUUACUUGCAGCGCAUUGUUCCUCUGGUCAUCAUGUGACCGGAAUGUGUGCAUUCAAGUAAACAGAGAGCCUAUUAUCGUUCGUCAGUACAAUUUAUUAUACACAAUGAAUUACAGCUUCUCUUUGCUGGAGGUGGCUAGUUAC